AGGGAAGGAGGGAGGUCAGGAGGGAGGGCACGAAGGAGGGAAAAAGGAAACCGGGCAGGUGACACCGCGCUGCGUUGCUCGGGCUCGGCGGGCGCGGAGCGGGCGGCAGGAGCGCGGCGGCGAUGCACGUCAAUGGGAAGGUGGCUCUGGUCACCGGCGGGGCGCAGGGCAUCGGCCGGGCCUUCGUCCAGGCGCUGCUGGGCAAGGGCGCCAAGGUAGCCCUGCUGGACCGCAACUCCGAGGCCGGAGAGGAGAGCAAGGCGGCCCUGGACGAGCAGUUUGAAGCGCAGAGGACGAUGUUCAUCCAGUGCGAUGUGACGGAUCAGGAGCAGCUGAAAGGUGCUUUCAAAAAAGUAAUUGAACAUUUUGGAAGGCUGGAUAUUGUGGUUAAUAAUGCCGGAGUGAACAAUGAGAAGGACUGGGAAAGCACUAUACAAACUAACUUGCUUCAAAUGAUCUUCAGCAUCUUGAGCAUCUCCUCUCUAUACCAGACAUCUGUGAUUAGAGGAACCUACCUUGCCCUAGAAUACAUGAAAAAAGGAAAUGGAGGUGAUGGAGGAGUGAUCAUUAAUAUGUCAUCCUUGGCAGGACUCAUGCCUGCUGCCUUCCAGCCUGUGUACUGUGCUACAAAGCAUGGUGUAAUUGGAUUCACACGGUCCAUAGCACUGGCGGCUCAUAUGGACAACUACGGUGUGAGACUCAACACAAUUUGUCCAGGGUUUGUCAACACACCAAUUCUGCAGUCAAUAGAUAAAGAAGAGAAUAUGGGACAAUACUAUUCAUACAAAGAUGAGAUCAAAAAUAUGAUGCAGUUCUAUGGUGUGAUGGACCCAUCAAUUAUUGCUGAGGGACUGAUAACAAUAAUUGAAGAUGAUACUCUAAAUGGAGAAGUUAUGAAGAUCACAGCAUCCCAAGGAAUUCAUUUUCAGCAAUAUGGCCAAACACCUUUUACAUCAUCAAAGAGAUAAAUAAUUGCAUUGGGCUAAUUACUUUUGGGUUUUCUUGAAUAUAAAAUUUUUUGAAAAGAGUAAUUUGGGGGGGAAAACGGUUGGUACUGUUUCUAGAUCAGUGACAGUGUUCAAACAUUUGCAUCCUAAUAACAAAGAGAUAAGUGAGAAAAUCUGGUAUGGGAAGAUGUUACCACCCUAUUCUGAUUCCAUGAGCACUAAUAACAGUAUUUAUUUAGUAGAAUAAACAUGCUGCUCUGAAGCCUUUUUUUAAUUAUAAUUUAGUAAUAGGGGCCACUUUCAUUCUGGUAGUUCUGGUCUAUAUACUCCAAGCAUAUUUUGGUGGAUCUGACUUAGCUAUAAUUAUUUUCAUUGUCAUGMCUACUUAUUUACAUCUUGAAUUCUUCAGACCAGGAAUUCAGUUGAGGAAUCUAGACCACAAAUUGAGCCAUAAGGGGUUAAAAAUUCUUUUUUUCCUUAUGAAAUAUUAAAUAGAACAAGAAGCAAAAUUCACAUUCCGCAUCCUUAUAUGCAAGCGAACAUGUUGUAUGUCAAAUAAGAAAGUACAGAUUUUUAACUUCUUGGAUUUUAGCUAUUUAUAAAAUAGUUCAGAAAUAUUUUUGUUUUAUAGAUAUAUAUAUAGAUGUGUAUGUGAAUUUUCUCACUCUGUAAAUACAAGGAUGAAUAUUUUGGCACUGAUUGAAAUGUCUGCCUGCUCAUUAAAUCUUAUUUUCUAAAUCUUUAAAUCUAAUUUCUUGCCUUGAUUGAUUAAAAUCUCAAUUCAGUCCUGAAUUAUCUUUUUUUUUAAUCAUGUUUUAUAUAUGUCCCUUUAAGUUUCACAGUACAUACUCUCAGAUGUAGCAUGCCAUAUACCGGCAAUGAAAACAAAAAUUGAGCUUCCUACCUCCUGAGCACUACUGGACCUUCUGAAUCCAAAUCAAUCCCCAGCUAUAUUUAUGCAACAAACCUUCACACUUCUGGGUUACAUAACUAAUAAAAAUAAUAUUUUGCAUGAUAAUUUAAUUAGGCUCAUAGCAUAAGAAGAUUUAAUAGCUCCUGGGAAGGCUGGGAAGAUAGUAUUUGCCCUUCUUAGGAAUACUGACUUUAAUUUCACUGAUCUUUGWUUUAGCAUUGUAACUGAAGGAGUGGAAACAGUAGUACUUACCAUCUGUGGCAGUCAGGGAGUGUGUGGGGAAAAGAAAAGAAACAGAAACACCGACUUUGAAUUACUCAGCAUUCUACCAAUGUAUCAUUUUUGGUUAUGUUAACACUAUUUUUAAGGACUAUUUUGAAGGCACUCAUGAUACUGGCCACAGCUUUAGCAUCCCUGACAGCAUCUCUAUAUCCCUCUGCAUUAAAUACUACUAUCUGAUUUGGUAAUAGUAGUUUAUAUGUUUGUCUCAUCAAAAGCAGAACAUUUCCCAAUACAUGGCAGAAUAUUGUCAAAGAUAGGAUGUAGACAUGAAAUCAGCAUGUGUUAAUUAGGUCCUAAUACUGAUAAACAUCUACCUCUGUGGGUCUCCUUGUAAAGCAGUAUUUCAACUUAGUCUGGAAACAAGAGAAGAUUUAAUAAUAAGGACAGUACAUGUAAAAUGUAACCACCACCACACUAAGACAGUAACUCAUCAGCUUCUCUUAGUAACAUACUUCAAAUAGUGAUAGGAAUUUUGCUGAUGAUACAUUUCUGUCUUGACUGCUUUUGCUCAUCUCUGCUUCUUGUUAUCCCAAAGGAAAUACCGUUAAACAGGGUGGGUUGACUUUCUCAGGGGACCAGGGAAAGCAUAUAUAAUUUAAUAGUUUUACUAAUAGAAGACCAGGAGUCCAAUGUAUGCUCCCUGGAGGAAGAAAACCAGAGACAAAUAUAAAGGUAAUUACAGCUAAUCACUUUAAUAAUUGCACAAUUUACUUGUGAUAUUACGCUUGUAUAAAAUUCUAAUUCUAUGAAUUAACAUUAUUCUAAGAUUUCAUUUAUGUGGUAAAUCAACUGUCAUACAAGAUAAUAUUAGAUUCAUAAAACAUACAGUUAGACUCCAGGACACUUGAAAAAUCUAAGCCUAUAUUUGGGAAAGAAUUAUAAUAUGUAUGUGUCGGUAUUUUCUUCUGGAUUAAUUUUGUAACUCAAAAGAUAGAUGUUUUCAAAUCAAAGCCACAUAGAAAACUUCAGGAAAGGCAUAAACAGCACUGAUUUCUAUCUGAUAAUCUGAUAAGAAAGUCUCAGAAUCAAAUAAACACUUAAACUAAGAUAAAUCUCAAAUUAUUAGCACAUCUGGAAGUCACUGAAAGAAAUACGUACAAGUGAAGCACAAUCCUUGACACAAAUCCUAAUGAGAAAUAUAGUCAUCAAAUUUCUACCUUUUAAUUAAAGAAUGCCCCAAACCAAACAUUACAAUUUUCCAGUUUCAGAUAGUCUGAAUUUAAACACAUCUGAGGGUUUUAUCUGCACAGGAAGAACAAGUCCUACAUAUAUUUUGGAAGGGUUUCCUGUGAGACUUCCCCCCAACCUUUGGAAACCUUCCAGUAUGAAAGAAAAAGAGCAUAUGUUUAAUUUACAGGGAGAAACACCAGAGAAGCAGUAGGUAGAAACAUGAGUUGAAGGCAGAAAGUGAGUUUCACUUUUUGCUCAAAGACUGUUUUGAAACUUCAUCUUCAGUUGAAAGUCUUGACAUAAUUCCAAGACUUAAUUUACUUUGCCUGAGAGGCCAUAAUUUUUAAGAGAACUGUUCCAGUUUUGUAGGGAAACUCAGCCAAAAGGAAAAAUAAAUAUUUUCAAUGAGAUACACUAAUUGCCAAGAACAUAAAAUAACAGGCAAUAUUCUAGACUCGUAUCAUGAUCACUAUUUGGAAUGAAUAAUCAACCCCGUGUGACACAAGUUUGCUUUUCAGUAGGUUCUUAGAGUUUCCAAUAUUAUUUUUCUUUGGGGUAAAGAAUAAAUAUUAUUAAUGAACUUAUUUUUUUCAGUGCUUAUGGUCUCACACAAAAGCCCAAAUCAUAAGCCAUUUCAAACACUUUUUUGCACGACAAUGUUAGUUUAUUUGUAUUAUUUAAUGCCUUAAUUAAAGGCACUUCAGAGGUACAUAAUCUACAUAAUUAUGUGGAUAAUUCAUUGCAUUCUUAAGUUCAGAAUGACCUGGAAUUAAUUUGUGUUAUGAGUGCCAUCAAAUCACAUGUUUAUCAAUUUUGUGAUAGAGGAGAUGAACCAUGGAAUAAAAAAAUCCUUCUUACAGUUUCCUUAAAUUAAGGAGACUAGACUGUUUUCUCUGGUUUGUAACAUAAGCUUUGCCAAAAGUAAACCAAAAAUAAACUUUGAUGAAACCAAAAUGUGAUUUCCACAGAAAUCUUGAAUAUGAGACUAAUCUUUAAAGGAACUGCGUUAGAUAUCUAAUGCUAUGGCUUUUGAGCAGGAUGGAGCUCUUCUGACAGAUAAUGAUUUCCUUCCUCCAGUGUUGAACUGCUCUAAACUUUCUGCAGGAUGAUUCUCCAGGUUGAACUUCCCUUUUAGCUAAGUCUAUUUGCUUUGCUUCAAGAGACAUUGACAGUUUCCAGCUCCAGCUCCAGGAAUCCAGAUGGUGCAAUGAAACUGAAGGAUAAUACCAUAUGACUUAGAUUUUUUGUUUCCCCCUCCAGUACAGAAAGGAACAGCUUAAUGUCAGGUCAAAUUUAAAAUUAAAACAGAAAGGGACAGUAAACAAGAAGAGUUAUGCUUCUACUCUGUUGGAGACAGUAAACAGGAAGAGAACAGAUCACAGGAAGAGAGCAGAUCAGGUAAAAAUAAGGUGCAAAGAGGUUAAACGAGAAUUAAAAUAAGUAACUUAGCCCCACUGUUUAAGUGAAAGGCCAUUACUAUGCACUGUGGCCCAAAUUUAAAUCUGAAUGUUUUCUGAUUUGUAUAGAGACAGUCUAACACAGUAUUCUCUCAGGAAUUCUGAGGCUGAAAUAAAGAUCUUUGCAUUAAAAAUUAAUCUUAAUUUAAAAAAAAUUGACUAUUUCAAGCAAUCAUUUAACAGAGAAGCAUUUGAAACAGUUAUAUAUUCAGGUCCUUUUAUUGUUCACAAGCUCUGUGCUAAUUCACUGCUGGCAUCUGCUGGGCAAACUUUUCAGAGAUUAUUACUACUACAGAUGCGGAAUUAAUUUCUUGCUACAAGAAUUGCAAUUUUCCAGCUUCCCCUUUCAUCAGGGGGUUCCUACCCCUCCUCCUUUCACACAGAAGGGAGGCUACACAGGACAGAAUGAUCAUCUGGUGACAGGUCUGACAUCUGGCCCAGGAAUUCUGAAUGGUUGAAGGCUCUAGAUUUAGCCUCAUCAAGCAGAGAUUUAUAGUAGUGACAUGCUAGAAGAAUGCCAAAGAUCUACCUAAUCCCUGAUUUGUCACUCUGACCCUGCAAACUCCUCUGCAUCUUCACAUUGGACUGCCUUAAACACAAGCAUUUCCGAAGUGAACUGCACUCCAACUGCACCAAAACACAGCUGUGCUUCUUCAGCAGCCACCAGAUAAUUUUCACUUAAUUCACUGAUUUCAGAGAAACUGUGAGGAAAGUUCUUUAGUUCACAUGAUGCUACACAUCAAAGAAAUGGCUCAAGGUAUCUCAGCAGCUUUUUUCUUCUUCUUUGCAAAUAAACCUUUCCUCAGCAGCCACCAUCUUGAGAAAAGAAAGAAGGAAGAAUAGGAAAUCAGGCUCUCAGUCACACAGCUUUGAAGUCUUUACUGUAGGACAUGAGAAUAAACACACUUCUGCUUGCUUUCCGAAAASAAAGCACAAAGACAACUUUCAGUGCACUUUCCCAUAGCUGCAAACGAAACCCAGAGAAGAGGAAAUAAAGAUAUUUUUGGAAUACUGGAAUGUAAAACUCUUCCGAAAAAAUAGUUAUAUUUUAUCUUAUCUAGCUAUUUAAAUGACUAACACUUCAGCAUCUUGGGCAGCAUUUGACCUUGAGGAAUUAUUUCAGCAAUCAACACUACAAGCAGUUAACGUCAUGCACACAUAAACAGCGCAGUUCUCAAGAAAGGGCCAGAGAUGGGCAGAGAAUACUGAAUUAUCUAGUACUUACUCUGGAAUGGUUCUUACAAAAAUGAAUCUACUUUGUUGUACAAAAUCCUUCUGGCAAUUUCACUUCAGAUACAGUGUUUCUUUAUGGAGCUUUUAUCCUCUGCAUUUGUAAAUCUGUUUAAAUAUACUGCACUCAGCAGUCUUACAAAUUAGCUGAUAAAACUACCACUGAAGUUAGUGUUGUGGGUUAAAAUUCUUCUCCUUUUGUUCCCUUUCUUUGGGAAUUUUUUCUUUCCCAUUUGUUGCUGGGAUACACUAAUUGCCGGGUCAUCCUUUUAAUUGCUGGGUGAUUAACAACGACAAUGAUACCUAAGCCACACCCUAACGGUUGGGCCAAGCGCUCAGAGAGAGUUUUUUGUGUGGUGGGGGGUGGGAUUUGCAGUUGUUUUCACUGCUUCGCUGAGAGGAGGAGGUCUGCUUGCUGGCUGCUAGGGAGAAAGCUGGCCUGCCUUCUUUUCUGCGGAGAGCAGUACCCCUGCUCAUUUGGGUUCCUGUUUGCUGCACCGUGGUUUUUCUCUCCUGUGCAUUGUCGGGGAUUCCAGCUUCACGGGUGAGCUCUGCGCCAUCCCGUCUCGCAGCCGCGGGAUAUCUACUCGUCUCUUUGCUGUCCUGGGUUUCUUGCUGUCCAGAGGAGCACCGAGAUCGGCGUUUCCGCUGUGAGUUUUGCAGAGAAACUUUUCUCCAUCCACCUCUGCCAUUUUGUGUCAAUCAUUGGCACCGCGGGAGAUCUAAGCCAGCCGGGACCUGCGCCACCGCGUCCCCUGCAGCUGCCGGAGAAUCGCUGCACCCGCUGUGCCYGGCCGGGAGCCAACAGCGCCCCUGCCAACUGGGACUGUAACUGCACCAAAGGGGAGGCUGUAUCUCUGUAAGGCUGUCACUGGGUUUGGGAUUGGGCUGGUUGUUACUAUUGUUAUU